GUGAUAAAGAAGAAGACUGCAGAUAAGAUGCAACAGCGGAUCAAUUGCAGAUGAAGAAAAGAAAGGCGAAGAGGAAGAGAAGGAAGCAAAACGACCGGGGGAGCUGGCAAGCCAACGCAUCAGGACCAGCAUGGCGAACCAGACUUCAAUGGCGCCCGAACAGGCAAGCGACGAGGCACGCCAUGGGAAAGGGCGAUUAGGAUUGCAUGAGCUGCAUCUGUUCCUUCGCCAUCUUGCAACGUUUGGGUGGUUUUGGCGUCGCCAAUCCCAAGUGCAGCGCUUGUGCGACCAACGGCCACCAACCACCAACCAGCGCAGCUCAGCGGCAAACGGGCGCAGCGACACUGCAUUGUGCUGGACAAGUCAGAGCUUGGAUACUAGCUCAGAGGCUCUCUACCCCUGCCAGUUAGGCAACAUUGUUCUCUUAUCAGGCUUCGCAAUUAGCCGUCUCCACCAUCUGCGGUACGCACGCAAGGCGCAUUUCGCUCCUACUUUAUGCAUAGAUAGCUACGGCUUGGUUCUUCCACUUCCACCACCAAUGUGCUCGUUCGAAGUACAUGCAGGGAUUCCAAACAGUUAGUUGCCUGACACCUUCCAAUCCCUCCUAUUACCCCUCUAUCUGCACAAAGCUGUAAGUUCCCGUUGAUUCUGUCAUCGGUCGAUCAUAGGAGAAAAGGAAAAGAUAAAGAAGCAAAGAAAGGAUACCAUGCCUGCAUGGAGUCGCACCGGACUCUACGAGAUGGGCAUUAAGCCCACCUAUACGAUGCGAUGGGUAGCUUCCGAGAUUAGUGUGUCCCUGUGGCAACCAGUCACCAGCUAGGACGAGAAUAUACUUAUACUCCUCGUUCUGGAGGAGGAAUUAUGGCUGCCGCA